UUUGGAACCACAGAAAUUCCUCUCUGAAUGUUGUACCUCAAUGCUAUUUGAGCCCACGUUUUAUUGUAUUUAUAUGACAAUUGUACCAGAACGGAGUCCUAGUCGGGACGGUAGGUUAGGUGCGAUGUUAGCGUUGUAUUUAUGUCUUUUAUUUGCUUUGUUUCUGUUCUAAAACAUUUUGUGACGCAAUUUCGCUAUUCAAUUGCAGAUCCUCCUUAGGAAAGGAAUGACCAUUGGUCUCAACAGGCGACUGAUUUGUAUGUUGUUGCUUAAGGUUUUUGCCGCAUAUUCAACAUUUUUUAUUAAUUUGUGUUUGAUAUCAUUUUAUGAACUAUCUUUAAUGUUAACUAGUCGAAUGUUGAUUUAUUUUAAAUUUCGUUGUGUGCUGGUGAUACAAUUGUAUAAUUUAAAAUUGAAUGAGAGGCCACAAUCCAGUUGAUCGAACCUGGCUUCCAUUGAAUCUCCAAAACAGUUGACAAACCAGUAAGCGCGCGAUAAAUUUCGAUUCUAUCGACAAAAUUUAUAAUACUCAUUAUGAAAUAAUCGUCUUUUUCGAUUGUCGGGAAAAGUGAAGCAGUUUUAGGAUCCAACUCAAGCUUAAUAUUCAAAUGAGGUAUCGAAUCAAAUUCAUCAGAGAUUCUAUAAGCCUUAAACAUCAAAAGGCAUCGAGCAUAUUUCAUAAGGUUAAGUUGAGAUUCCGUGGGAUAAACGUUGUCUGAGUAAGUAUCUCUGUCUUCCUUGGUUAGAUUGAAUUUCAUGUCUAGAUCAAUGUGUUUCGAAUCGAUCCUUAUUGGUCCAUGCAAAGUGCUUGUUUCAUUUUUGAAUAAAUAGAGAUAAAUAUUGUCAUUGGCAUCGAAUUGCACUUUGCACAAUGGACAGUAUUGAUUCAGGAAAGAGGAUUGAGGAAAGGCACUACCAUUUCUCCAUAGUCCCCAUGGUUGGUCUUGCACUGUAUCUUCACGAUUCAUAGAUUGUAAGUCAACAAAGGUUUUGAUAUUCAUAUAAUAAUUAACAUGAGAUGCAGCGGCUACAAAAUUUUCAUAAUCUAAGCAUUGACUUGAGAUUGAAUGAAUAAAUGAUAAAACGAUGAAUUGAAUAAAAUAAAAUUUUGACUCCAUUGGCACUUUUGGUUUUAAGUAACUACAGAGAUUGAAACGAAAAAAAGAUUAAAUAAAGUUCGGUUGGAUUUUAAUGAAUCCAGUUUGAAAUAAAAUGCCAACACACCAAGAUCCGGAUAAUGUAAUACUUCGGCCCAAAAUGGUUUGAGGCCAAAUAAACGAGACCUAAAUCUGGUUAUAAGUUACAAGUAAUACAAAUAAAUACAUAUGUAUGAGUAUCAUAAGUUACAAGUAACUUGACCGGUUAUUUAGUCCAUUGGAACACUCAAUGCAAAAAGAAGGAAAUAUCGGAAAAUAAAUGUUAAAUUUUCAUUUUAGAUACAUAAACUAAUAGCUAGUGAAGUGAGCAUUAGUUGACUAUUCAGCUCUUAUUCAAUUCCUAAUUCAAUCAAAUUCAAUGGAUUUUCAAAUUUUGUUUUGUUUUUUUCUAUUGUUUCCAUUUUCUUCGUUGAUGCUCAUAAAGGAGAUAAAACCUGAUUCUGAUGAGAAUAAAUUUAGAAAUUACCAUCUAUUUAAGAUGGUCUUUAGACCGGACGGCUUCGAGUCUCUUAGAAGUCCAAGUAUAAUUGGCUCAAAACUUGUGGAAGAGGAUGUUGUGAUUCGUACAUUUCCAAGUGAAGCAAGUUUGUAUCGUGAAAACACCGAAUUAACCAAGAAUAUGAGCAUGGCACUGGAAAGCUGCUGUGGUUCAUCGAAAUCAUCAUUUGAUAAGACAGACAUCGUCAUGUUGACAUUGAUGGAAAAGGAUAUUGAUAAUGUUACUUUCAACAUUAUUAAAUCUAUCAGAGUUGAUCCUCUUUCAGUUGAUUUUUACCCUCAUAAACUGCCCAUGGAACAAGUCAAUAUAAUAGUUGAUAACCUUUUACAAUGGAGCAAAAACGAUGAUGUUUGUAAAUCUGUCUGUAAUGAUCUAAACAAUGGUUUCAAAGUAAAACCUAGAGAUUACGAUAUGUUUAAAAAAUUUUGUCCUAAAAUUGGUUGUCCAGCCUUUCUGGAGGAAAUAGAUUAUCCGAAAUUAUUGGCAGAAACGGAAAAAUUCCUCAGAACCAUGAAAUAUCUCCUUUUAUUUGGCCAUCCAGUGCCUACUCGGGUUUUCUGGGGGCCAGCACAAGCGACAAUUCUUGAAAUUGAUCAAAAAACUCUUUCAUUGUUCCCAAAAUUAACUGAAAACCAUUACUUCAUUAUCACUUUCAUUGAUACCAAGACAAAACAGACAAGAACUCGCAAAAUUGAUGAGUGCAGAAUCAUUUUGAAUUAAAUUUUACACUCAAUAAUUUUCAUCUCAACUUUUUUUAUUAAAAUCAUAUGUUAUAAAAAUUAACUCCACAAGGCUUAUACUAUUACAUAAUUUAAUAUUUUUAUCAACAAUUCUAGUGAUGCAGUUUCAUUUAUUUACAAUUGUUUACACCAAAUAUGAUCCAAGUAAUGCUUUGAGCAAUGUAUCUUAUCCCCCAAAUUGAAAAAAAUACUAUUAUUAGAAUUCAAUCCAUGUAUUCAUCAAUUUAUGUCCCUACAAACCAAAAUAGUUUCAGUUUGUCAGAAAUUGAUUUUUACUCGUUUAUGCCCAUUUGUCUUUAAGUGUGCCAAUUGCUUGAUUGUUUCUUUUUAGCAACGACCAUAUUUACUCGAUCAAGCAGAUGGGUAAAUCAAAAAUCAGACCUAAAGCUAGCCCAAGUGAAACAACAAGCGUAGAUACUUUGAGUUGAUUGAAGUAUAUUUUUUUACUAAUUAUCACUAAUUAACGUGUAAUAUAUAAAAGAGGAACUAUUUCGUGAAAAAUUUAAACUAUGACCAAAUGCAUGUUAAUUAUGUUAAAAUUCACAUAAGAAUAGCAAGCUUUUAUUCAAAUUAACACAAUUGAUUUUUUAAUAAAUCACCAACACUCCAAUUUUAUGAUCCGAUAAUAAAAGGAUAAAAUUGAAACAAAUGGUCAAAAAUGGGUAAAAAUAUAUUUUUUCAAAGUUGAACUCAGUUGGUUUGCAGAGACAUAAAAACUGAGUCAUUCGUGAGGUUUAAAGAUUUCUCUGAUCGACAGUUUUCGAGAAAAUCGAUUACUUCGAUCACUUUUUGCACAACUAUGGAAGCAGAUUUAUUCAUAAAACUCAUAAAUCUGAUGAAACUUUUGAUGA